CCUAUGGUCAGGAUGAUAUCCAGGACCUGAAGAGCAUCUUCGAAGUCAAGCAUCUCAAGGACCAUGCCAUAUUUUUAAAUACCCAAUGUAAGUCCUUCCCCUAACGCUCCCCUACCCCGAAAUCUAUCAUUUUAUUGUAGACAGGAUGCCCCCUCAAAUUGGAAGCUUCAUCUCUGAAGCUGUGUAUGAUGACCUACUUGAGUCGAAUCCACUACAUCCCGUCACUACCGAGAGAAUGGCUUGUCAUUUUAUCAACAUUCCCAGCCAGGAACAACGACAUGGAACUAGCUGGAAGGUAAGUCACUUGAAUUCAGUCACUCGCAGUUGAUUAAUGUCAUGCACAGAACCUUGGAGAGUGCCAAACCAUUCUCCUCAUCGCUAGCAUGUUGCAAGCAAAGAAUAAGCAAUUCCGCAUCAUCACCCCGUAUGACGCUCAGCGGUGUUUGAUCGAGGAGCGUUUAAAGCUCCAGGGGC